UGUUAAUAGUGUUAUUUUGGACAUUGUUGUGCCAAGAAAGUUAGAGCGUUUGUCCGCUUUACUUUAUUUCAUUGCCAGCGCAGGAAUAGGGCGCAAUCGUAUACGGUUUGCUCACUUUGCUGUAGAAAGGCGUCACUGAAACAGCUGGUGGCGGUUCACUGGCACGCAUCGUACGCUUGUGCCGCAUUUAGUACACACGAGUCUCCGAGAAGUAAUCGGGUUCCGUCACGACAGUCGACAAGCGGUACGACAUUACGUCAUGAGUAUUUCAAGAAAUUUAUUCAAGAUUGUGAGUGGGACUUGGAGAUUUGGGUCAGCAUCAUUUUUAGCUCCCCAAUGUGUGGCUGGAAGCACCACGUCCUUGCCAUUGGCACGCUCCUUGACCACCACACAUCCAGCUUACUCAGUUGCAGUCACCCAGCCAGCCCCUGCAUUCAAGGGCCAGGCUGUAGUUGAUGGACAAUUCAAAGAAAUAUCCCUUACUGACUAUGCCGGCAAAUAUCUUGUGUUUUUCUUCUACCCUCUAGAUUUCACCUUCGUGUGCCCCACUGAGCUCAUAGCCUUCAGCAACAGGAUGGAUGAGUUCAAGGCUCUCAACUGUGAAGUUGUGGGCGUGUCAACUGACUCGCACUUCUCCCAUUUGGCCUGGAUAAACUUGCCUAGAAAGCAAGGAGGACUGGGUGGCCUCAAAUAUCCCCUGUUGUCUGACUUCAACAAGAGCAUUUCCCGCGACUAUGGAGUGCUGCUGGAAAACGACGGAGUGGCUCUCAGAGGCCUAUUCCUCAUCAAUCCACAGGGCAUUGUGAGCCACAUGAGCAUCAAUGAUCUCCCAGUGGGGCGGUCGGUGGAUGAGACUCUGCGCCUUGUCAAAGCUUUCCAGUUCGUCGACCAGCACGGAGAAGUUUGUCCAGCGAACUGGCAGCCGGACUCCCCUACCAUCAAGCCUGAUCCCCAAAGCUCCUUAGAGUACUUUGGAAAAGUAAACUAAAUAAAAUGUAUGUGCUUCUAAAUUUGGAGAUUGUAUAAUUCGGCUCAUAAAAGAAAAUUUUCUCACUGCAGAUGAAAUAUAAACACGGCUCACAAGCUUAUAUGUUGAAUAUAAACAAUAAAUUUAUUGUUGUGUUUCUAGAAA